CCUCUUAUUGAGAGAGCUGUGACCAGCUGUGACCAUAGAUAAUGUUGUGACCCAUAUACGAAAUUUAAAGGAGUCAUUGUUUUCUGAAUUUUCAAUAUUUUCGGUAACGUUAGAAAUGUAAUACUUAGGUAUUUUUAAUACUUUUUGCGGUGAAAGUGUAGCAUGUAAUUUUUGUGUUGUAUUAUUCUGUAAAAUGCAAAUCUUUGAUAUCCAUGGAUCCUGAAUUAAAUAAUGCCAUUAUUCAGAUACGCGAUAAGUUACAAAAAGACAAUAUAAAACUUUGGAAAGAACCUUACUUCACUGAUUCGGAAAGUUUUUCAGAUGAAAAUUUAAAGAUUCUAGCUCAAGAGUAUAGUGCCUUUUUUAAAUUGCCAUACGAGAGGUGUUACGAUGCUGUUGUUGAAUUACAGAAUAAUGCUUUAAGUAAGUUAAAACAAAAGGAGAAAUUUAAAGAAUUUGGCAUUGCUACAUUGAAAGUUAAGGCAGUUAUUCAAUCAAAUACGAAUAUUUUCUCAGUGGAGAUAUCGUUAAAUUCUUCAGGGUGUGAAUUGAAAGAAUUGAUUACUUCACAUUUACAAAAUCAUUGUGAAAGAAUUAAAUUGAUUGCUAGUGGGAAAAUUGUAAAAGAAACAGAGAAACUAAAUAUUCAGGGCAUUAAAAAUGGCCAAACAAUUUUAGCAAUAAUAAUAUUGAAUGAAACCUCAUCUGAUAUUCAGAAAUCUGAAGAAAAAUUUAAAGAAGUAGAAAGUGUAAAGGAAGACACAAAGUUACUUUUAAAAGAAGAUAAUGGACAUUACUUAGAGUUGGAAGAUCAAUAUGGAAAUAAAAUUAAUGUACCACAACGUGAAAGGAAAGCAUUGAUACUUGCAAUGGCAUUACAUGAGAAAGGACGAAGUUCGUUAAAAAAAAAUGAUCAUGCUAAAGCGUUAAUCUAUUUUUUAGAAGCAGAUGAUGAAUUCAGACAAUGCAAUUCUCAGUUAUUGGAGAAUGUAGAUAAUUAUGCACUGUUGGAUCUUGAUAUUACAUGGUGCUAUUUGUGUCUUCAAAGUGUAAAUCAUUUACCAGAGGCAUAUGAAAGAUUAAACAGAUGUGAAGAGAGAUUCAUUAAAAGUUAUGGACCAAAUUUGGAAAGACUGAUAGCUUUGAAAGGAACCACUGUAGUAAAUGAAACUGCUCUAUUACUACGUCUGCAUUUACUGCAAGCAGUUGUUCUCUUCCACCAGAACAAAAGAAUAGAAGCAAAAGCACUUUUGGAAAGGGUGCAAAUGGAUUUGAAGAAGUUAAAAGUUGAUGAUGAUAAAAUUGAAGCAUUAAUAGAAUUAGGCUUCUCAAUUCCUGAAGCAAGAGUUGCCCUAAGAGCAAACCAUGGCGAUUUAAGUUUAGCUGCGAACUUUAUAAAUGAAAAUAGAGAAAGAAAAGCAGAGGCAAGGAAAAAAGCCCUGGCUGAAAAAAUAUUGCAAAGAGAGAGAAAACAGUUAGGAAAGUGUGUCGAUGGCAAACAGUACGUUGAACCUAAUUUUUUAACAAUGUUAAUAAACAUGGGUUAUAAUAAAGAGGUAGCCAGGAGAGCUCUUCAAAAUUGUAAUAAUGAGAUGUCCUCAAGUAUUCAAUAUAUACACGAUAAUCCAAUUCCAGGGCCAAGUUCUUCUAUUAGCCAAGAAAUGCUCAAAUUAAUAAAUGAUCUCACACCUGAGUUAGAAAAUGCAGGUUUCGAUCCGCGAAUGGCAAAAAUGGCUUUAAGAAAGUACGAUGGUGAUAUAAGGAGAGCUAUUGACGAAUUAGUAGAGAAUGAUGGUAUUAUUGAAGGAGAUUUUACAAUAUUUGAAGAGAAUGAAAAACAACAGUCCAAGAAAAGUAAAGUGGAUGAAGAAUAUGAAAUGAAAAAAGUAGAAGCUUAUGAUCGUUUAAAAGAAGACCUCUCUGCAAUGGAAGAAGAUUAUUUAGAUUUACCAUUACAUGAAGAAGAAAUGUUUUUAAUGCAAUAUUUGUCUUUAUUAGAAAACGAUUAAUUAAUUAAUUUAUGGUUUUGUGCAGUUUUCAUUCUGUAAAUAAAAUGUAAGUAUAAACAUGUUUUGUUGAAAAUUUUAUACAGCACAUUGAAUACAAGAUAAAUGAAAUGCUUUUCUAA